GAUGGCACUGACUGGCAUCACUGCUGGGCACUGACUGGCGGAACUGACUGGCACAACCGCUGGGCACUGACUGGUGGCACUGACUGGCAGCACUGCUGGGCUGCACUGGUGGGUGGCAUGGCACUGGUGGGCAGCACUGGUGGGUGGGCACAGGUGGGUGGCACUGGUGGGUGGCACUGGUGGGCACAGGUGGGUGGGCACAGGUGGGUGGCACUGCUGGGCACAGGUAGGUGGCACUUCUGGGCACAGGUGUGUGACACUGCAGAGUGGCACAGGUGGGUGCACUGCUGGGCACAGGUGGGCGGAACUUGUGGGUGGCACUGCUGG